CGGAAGUGGCGGUUGUUGUGGACACUGCAGUGGGACAGAGAAAUGACAGCAGACCAGUCUCUGCGACUGCACUGCGACGUGGACAGAGACACGCUGAGUCUUUAAGUCAUGGCGACGAGGCGCGACGACACGGAGACGACGACGACACAGUCCUGCUAACUUUGGGCUAACGGCUAACGAGCAGCAGAGUAGAGAGUCUCAGCGUCAUCGUGGUCCUGCAGCAGCCAUGGCCGAGGCCGGAGCCCACCUGACCUCCACCGCUGUGAACGAGCAGCCAUCCAUCUUUGAGGUCCUGGCUCAGGAGUCUCUGAUGGAUGCGGUGAGACCGGCGCUGAGGCACGCUGUCAAGGUUCUGGCCGAGUCCAAUCCGUCCCGCUUUGGCUUCCUGUGGCGUCGCUUUGACGAGCUCUACCUGCUGCUGGACCUCCUCCUCCAGAACCACUUCCUGUCUCGCUGCAGCGCCUCCUUCUCCGAGAACUUCUACGGCCUGAAGAGAGUUUCGGGAGGGCGAGGACUUCCUGUUCACCUGGGGCUGUGCAGGAAGUCACACUGGCGCUCUCUUCUUCUUCUCUGCCUGGUGCCGUACCUGCGCGCCAAGCUGGAGGCGACACUGGCGCAGCAGAGGGACGAGGAGGACUUCUCCAUCCGGCUGGCACAGACCAGGAGCCAGAGGCUGUACCGGGCGGCCGUGGCGGCGUACCCCUAUGUCAGCUCGGUCUGGCAGGGCUGGGUCUUCUGCCAGCAGCUGCUGUUUGUCUUCGGAGCCUCCAGGACUCAUAGUCCUCUGCUGUGGCUAGCCAGGGUCAGACUGGCACGACUCAACGCUCAAGAUAUCCGAGACAUGGAGCUGAAGAGCGACAAGAUUGGCAACCCAGCUGAGGGGAGCCUGCUGCAGCGAGCGUGGUGGUUGAUGUCACAAGCGGCGAGGGGCGUGGCCGUGUCCCUCUCCACCUCCCUCUCCAUGGGCGUCUUCUUCCUGCAGUUCCUGGAGUGGUGGUACUCGUCAGAAAACCAGAGCACCAUGAAAACCCUCACAUCCCUGCCCGCUCCUCCGCCCCCACUCCACCUGCAGGAGGAGGAGGAGCAGCAGAGCGGCCGGGAUUCUUCGCCAGCCUUGGCCAAUCACAGCGAAGAAACUCAGACCACCACCGACCGCAGGAACUGCCCGCUGUGCCGGAGGCUUCGCACAAAUGCCACGGUGCUGUCCACGUCCGGCUUCGUCUUCUGUUACCGCUGCAUCUACACGUACGUGAAGGCGAACCACCGCUGCCCCGUCACCGGGUACCCGACUGAACUACAGCACCUCAUCAAGAUCUACUCGCUGGAGAGUUAACUUCAGACUGCUGUCAGAGGACAGAGUUAUGUAAAGAUAAAAACAUACAGUAUAAUACUGUAUUUUUUUUAUUUAUUUUUUGGUUAAGUACACUGUGAUUUCUUUUUGAUAAAAUAAUAUACGAGGUUAAUUAGAUGUGAUGCUGGAAUCAGCUUGUGUCACAUUGAAUACAAUUAAGGAUUUUCUUAACUGCAGUAACUGUACUCACUUGGUUGCAGCUAAUGAAUAUUUUAAUGUGACGUCAAUCUUUUGUUAUAAAAUGAAAUAAAAUGACAUAAAAGAAAAAUAAUGAUAGCAUGUACAAAUGCCUUUGAGCGACAGUUCAAAAUGAAUCAGGAGAAGACAGCUGUGCAGUGACGUUUUAGCAUUAUAAUUUUCAUCUAAUAAUUCAUGUUGGGAGAUAAAAUGUAAAGAAAAUAUAAACGAAAAAUAAAGGAAAAAUAUUAAUGAAAUAAAAAUUUAAAA